AUGGAUUCUUCCUCUUCUGCCCUGAAGGGCAACAAGAACGGUCUCUUGGUCGCCACGUUGUUGGUGCUGACCGCUCUGAUCAGCUCGUUUUCCACCAGAGCCUAUAUCACCAAAUCUGCAGGUACCCCUGACUUGUCUCAAGAGUACUUGUACUUCCAAAGAUACCAACAGACAGAUAGAUACAAGCAGAACCCGAAAUACCUGGAUUCGAACCCGUUCGACAUCGACACCACCUACCAUCGUUUGAUUAAAGCUUUCCCUUACACCAAGACUCCUGGGGGAAUCCCGAAAAACAUCUUCCAGAUGUGGAUUUCUCCAGAACCGGUCCCUGAGAACGACCUUCCGUACCCUGAUUUCAGAAAAACAUGGAAGGAACAGAACCCAGACCACAACUACACCGUGUUGAGCUGGGAGGCUGUGCGGGACGCAGCCAAGGAGGCGUUUGAAACGACGGUGCCAGAAGUGUGGGAGGUGCUGGAGUCGAUGCCGUUGGUUAUUUUGAGAUCCGACUUCUCGAGAUACUUGAUGCUGUACUUGAACGGAGGUGUGUGGGCUGAUCUGGACACCGGGUGCGACCGGCCCAUAAGUAAGUGGUUCCACAAUACCAUAGACAGCGACAUACGAUUUGUCGGUUCUGUGGAGCACGAUCUGAACAGCGAAAGAUGGCCCAGCCUCACCAGUAGACGGCUGCAGUUCGAAAACUGGGCGUUCACGAGCGACAACUUCCAUCCUGCGCUUGCCAUGGUGAUUGCGCACGUGGUGAGAAUGCACUUCAUCAUCAUGUACGAGGGCCAUCUGGACAUGUACACCAAGGAAGACGGCGGUGGGAACAGCUGCCACAAGAUUUCUGUGAUCGACUGGACCGGACCGGGCAUUUUCAGCGACGGAAUCUACAGAUACAUGAACACUGCCGAAAAACGCGUGUUCCAGGACAUGGAUUUCGACCGUUACAACUCGGACGAGACGCUUGUUGGCCCAGGAACCGGCGAGAAGAUCAACUGGCGGGGCUUCUCCGGACUCGUUGCGCCCGUCGUGUUCAACAACGACGUGUGCAUACUGCCAAAGUCCGGUUUCCGGUGCAAGAACGACUUUGACGAGUCGUUGGAGGAAUACUGCUACCUCACGCACUACUUCUCGCACUCGUGGUUUAAAGAGGUGGAUUAG